AUGCCGUCUGUCCAGGCUGGUUAUGCGCCAAACCUGGGCGUCUUCCUAAAGGCGCUCAAGACCCAGCAACUGGAGGCCUCCAUCGAGCAUUUGAUCUCGCUUCUGAAACGAAGACAGAUAAGGAACUCUAGACCUUGCGCAAUAGCAACGGCGCAUUUACUACUUCGCGUAGUUGCAAGAUUCAAAUGGACAGAUAUUGGGAAGCUCCUCCAACGGAUACAGGAAGUCGGACAAAGGCUAGUAGAAGCUCAACCCAAGGAGAUGGUUGUAGGAAACAUAGUCCGGCGAGUCUUGGGCAUGAUAAGAGAUGAGGCAAAAGAGGAUCGGAGCGAAGAUAUGAGCGAUACUGCGUCAAUUACCCAAAUAGACUCUCCACAACGCGAAACCAGCGAUCCAGCGCCAUUACGAACAAUUGGCGUAUCAACCGCUACUGCUAGCCCCUUGAGAUUUGGCGCUUCCAACGCUCCAGGCUCGACGGAUACGGAUAGUGAUGAUGGGUCUGCGAGAACGCCUCAAGGGGGACAUAGGCCGCCGUUAAUGACAUCGCAUACAUCGUACGCCGUGCUAAACGGCCUCCCAGUGCAGCAGUCAAUGUUCAAUCUCCUAUCCGCUACGCCAUCCCCAUUAUCGACUCCGCCACAGCAGAUAGAUUCGCCCCAGGCAGGUUCUGGCAUCAAUGCCGCCUCCGUAGCGCAACGAGUGGCCGCGAGCUCGAAGGAUUUAAAAGCAGAAGUUAUUAGUGGGAUCGAAGAGAUCAUCGACGAACUAGACCAAGUUGAUGACCAAAUGGCUGGCUAUGCUCAAGAGCACAUACACUCCAACGAAGUUAUCCUCACACAUUCGUCAUCAACCAGCGUCCAAAAAUUCUUGCUCAAGGCUGCGGAGAAAAGAAAAUUUACUGUUAUUGUCGCUGAGUCGUAUCCAAAUGAUCAUCAAGCAACGCAUGCUGCAGUUACUGGGAGCGUUGCUCCAGAUCUGGGCAGUUCCGAGGAUACAUCUCUCGAAAUGUUCCUCAAGCCGCUCACUGCAGCGGGUAUUACCGUUGUCCUAACGACUGAUGCUGCAAUCUUCGCUAUCAUGUCAAGAGUCAACAAGGUCAUCUUGGCAACUCACGCUGUCAUUGCUAAUGGUGGUUUGAUUGCCGCAGCUGGGGCACGCAUCAUCGCAAAGGCUGCCAAAGUGCACAAAAUUCCCGUGAUUGUAGUUAGUGGAGUGUACAAACUCAGCCCGGAGUAUCCUUUCGAAUUUGAAUCUCUAAUUGAGUACGGCGAUCCCGGACGCAUUGUUAAGUACCACGAUGGAAACUUGGUGGAUAACCUUGAGAUUGACAAUCCUCUCUACGACUACGUGCCCCCUGAUCUAGUUGAUCUUUAUAUCACGAAUUUGGGUGCACAUGCUCCUUCGUAUCUCUAUAGGAUUGUCGCAGAUCACUACAAGCCGGAGGACAUCAACUUCCAUAAGCCAGAGUUGCAAUUCUGA